AUGAUUUUAAGAAUAUUUAUUUGUUUAUUUCUAUUUAAACCCCAUGUCGAAACGUUUUUACACUUUAACAAUAAUACGUAUGUCGAACAAUUACCAUCAAAAUAUUUCUAUUCGUUUACACAGCCAAAAUCGAUACCUGAACCGAAUUUAAUCAGUAUCAACGAAGAAUUACUGACUACGUUGUCAAUAGCGAUGAUCGACCGACAAGAAAUGGCGGAGUUCUUGAGUGGAAAUAAACUUUUCUCUGGUUCACGACCAGUGGCAAUGAAUUAUGCUGGACAUCAAUUUGGAUAUUUUACUUCCCAGCUAGGCGAUGGAAGAGCCAGUCUACUCGGUCAACUUGAUCAAUGGGCAUUUCAUGCUAAAGGCACUGGGCCCACGCAGUAUGCUCGUGGUGGCGACGGUCGUGCAGUAUUACGCUCAUCAAUACGAGAAUAUCUCGCCUCUGAAGCCAUGUUUCACUUAGGAAUAGAUACUACACGUGCGUUGAGUCUGGUUGGUUCAACUCUAUUACCAGUCUAUCGCGAAACAAUCGAAACGGGUGCUGUUGUUGUGCGCGUUGCACCGAUCGUUGCAUUUAUACGAAUAGGUACAUUUGAAAUCUUUUCUACGCGUCAUCAAUUCGAACAAAUUCGACAACUAGCCGAUUUUGUUAUUGACAAUAUGUAUCCAAAACAAGACUUGACUAAAUAUCGCUAUAACUCAUUGCUCAUCGAUAUUGCUCAUCGAACAGGAACACUCAUUGGUUACUGGCAAGCAUUUGGGUUCACUCAUGGAGUGUUAAAUACAGACAACAUGAACGUUUUAGGAUCAACUGUUGACUAUGGACCAUUCGGAUUUGUUGAAGAUAAACUUCAACGUUAUGUGCCCAACCACUCCGAUGACGAAGGUCGUUACGCAUUCGAUCAACAACCGACGAUCGCUGCUUGGAAUCUGGGAAAGUUACGCUUAGCAUUGGAUUCGCUGAUUGACACGAAUAAACAUAUCGAUGAACAAUACGAAUUUUGGUCGUCGUUCAAUCGAACAUAUGAUACGUUAAUGCGGCGUAAAUUGGGCUUAACGCUGUACCUUCACUCAGAUCAAUGGAUUUAUGAAGAAAUUCUUCGUUUAUUGGAUGUAUAUCAUAUUGAUUACACUCAAUUCUGGAGACAACUCGCCGAUGGAGUUAUUCCGGACGUUCUGAAGAGGGAACAUUGGUUUUCUGUUUAUCAACAACGACUAGCAUCAGAAGGCAGUUAUGCAAAGCAAACGCGUCGUGAACGAAUGAAUCGUAUCAAUCCGAAAUACAUUCUGCGAAACUAUAUGGCACAAGUAGCGAUUGAAAAAGCGCAAAAGGAUGACUUCAGUGAAAUCGAUCGAUUACUUAAUUUAUUUCGACGACCAUUCGAUGAACAAGAAGAAAUGAAUGACUACGCAAAACGAUCUCCUUCGUGGGCAAAAAAAUUGAUUAUCUCAUGCUCAUCUUAA